AUGAGGAGGGGAAGUUCCGGUUGGCUCGAGCCCAGCGGCGGGUGUGAGAGUCCGUCAGGAUCCUCCCGCGGAGCCGGAGCCGUUUCCGGAGCUUGAGCCGGGGCUGCUGCCGGAUCCUCAAGAGUACUGAUAUAUGAAAUGGCAGAGAAUGGAAAAAGUUGUGAACAGAGACUUACAGGGAUGAACAAGGAACAGCACAAUGGAAACUUUACAGACUCCUCUUCAUUGAAUGAAAAGAAGAGACGGGAUCGGGAAGAAAGGCAGAAUAUUGUCCUGUGGAGGCAGCCACUCAUUACCUUGCAGUAUUUUUUUCUGGAAAUCCUAAUAAACUUGAAGGAAUGGACCGUAAAAUUGUGGCAUCGUCGAAGCAUUGUGGUAUCUUUUUUACUACUGCUUGCUGUGCUUACAGCUACGUAUUACAUUGAAGGAACACAUCAACAGUAUGUGAGAUAUAUGGAGAAAAAGAUUCUUUGGUGUGCCUACUGGGUAGGCUUAGGAAUUCUCUCUUCUGUUGGACUUGGAACAGGUCUACAUACUUUUCUGCUUUAUCUGGGGCCACAUAUAGCUUCAGUUACACUAGCUGCUUAUGAAUGCAACUCAGUUAAUUUCCCAGAACCACCAUAUCCUGAUCAGAUUAUUUGUCCAGAUGAAGAGGGUAUUGAAGGUUCUAUUUCUUUAUGGACCAUCAUCUCAAAAGUUAGGCUCGAAGCCUGCAUGUGGGGAGCUGGCACAGCCAUUGGGGAACUACCCCCUUAUUUCAUGGCCAGGGCAGCACGGCUGUCAGGUGCUGAACCUGAUGAUGAGGAGUACCAAGAAUUUGAAGAGAUGCUGGAACAUGCAGAGUCUGCACAAGACUUUGCAUCUCGGGCUAAGUUAGCAGUUCAGAACAUGGUACAGAAGGUUGGAUUUUUUGGAAUUUUGGCCUGUGCUUCAAUUCCAAACCCUCUGUUUGAUCUGGCAGGAAUAACAUGUGGACACUUCCUUGUUCCCUUUUGGACCUUCUUUGGGGCAACCCUUAUUGGGAAAGCAGUAGUUAAGAUGCAUAUCCAGAAACUCUUCGUUAUUAUAACUUUCAGCAAGCACAUAGUAGAACAGAUGGUGGCUCUCAUAGGGGCUGUCCCGAGUCUAGGUCCUUCUCUGCAGAAACCUUUCCAAGAGUACUUGGAGGCUCAGCGGCAGAAGCUUCACCAUAAGUCGGAGGAGGGUAUGCCACAGGGGGAAAACUGGUUGUCCUGGAUGUUUGAAAAGUUAGUCAUUGUCAUGGUGUGCUACUUCAUCCUAUCCAUCAUCAAUUCCAUGGCACAAAGUUAUGCCAAGCGAAUCCAGCAGCAAAUGUACUCAGAAGAAAAAACCAAAUGAGACUGAGAGAUACAAUUUAACAUGCCCAUUCACAGAAUCUAAAAGGGAUGGAGUCUACCUAUACUGGCACUAUUAUAAAUAGGGAAAAGGGCAGGGAUGGGGGUGGGGUGUAAAUCAACCCUUUUCCAAAAUAAUUAUUUUUUUCUAGGGAGUGGGGUAGGGGGGUGGUGAAGAAAAAAAAUUUGUUUUUGAAAGUAAUUAGUCCAUACUUUUCGUUGACAGACUUGUAUGUAAAGGUAAGGUAUAUAGGUCUCUCCUUAAAUUCAAUCUGAGGUGGGUUUUCUGAAGUGGGUGGUGUGUGGCAUUUAAUUUCACUUUUAAGUUAUUUCCAAAUUUAAUGGACAACAGUACAAUUAGAGACUUGAAACCACCUCUCUCAAAUUUUUUUUUAUUUUAUUGAGUAUAUCAAACUAAUACAGCUUGGCAUAUAUGGACAUUUCCUUUUUCUAAAUUAUCAAAAUGUGUAUAAAUGAUAAUAGAUUGGAUAACAGUCUUGCAUGUCUAUCGUGGUGAUAUUUAAUAUUCCAUCCUGCCCAGCCCUCCUUCCUCACCCACCCAGGAAAAAAUGUCAUUUUAUGAUGCAUUGCACACCUUUGGGGUGCCUUUUACAUUUUAAGACAGUGUAUGCAAAAUCUGGCUGGUGCCUCGUAAGUUAACUGGCACCAUUUUUUAUUCUGUAUAUUUAGAAUGAAGUCACACACACACAAAGAAAAACCUUUAUAAAGUCAUCUUUGAUCAUUCCA